UUAGUUACUUUGAGUUGCAAUGCAACUGGUAGACCAACACCAACCAUCACUUGGACGAAAGUAGUAGAUAAUGGUACAGAUAGUGCUCCUCUGCUUCCAGUUGUAGAUGGAAAAUAUGUCCUGAGUAAUAUCCAGAGAAGUGCAAAUGGAACAUACCGAUGUACAGCUCACAAUGGAGUAGGCACCACUGUUGAUCACACAGUGAGGGUGAAAGUCGAAUGUAAGUUAUCUUUUUUGCAUUUUUGUGAUUUUAAUUUCCAAACUUCAAUGAUGCUGUAUAGGUAAUACAUCUGUGUAUGAUGCAUCGUACAUGUAUGACCAAAACUGCAUCAUGUUGUCCCCACACAUAAUCUUUACCUUAACAAUCACAGCUCUAAAAACGCUGUGUUAAAGUAUUUCCAUAACCUGUUUCUGCAACGUUUGAGAUUUUUUAUAGUUUCAUGGCCUGGAGGGACACAUCCCAAACGUUUUCCAGAGUUUCAACGCUCUUUAAAUAACAAUCUGCAUUUUCUGUCCCAAUCCUAAAAGGAGAGCCGUGACAAGAACAAGUCAAAGGAAGCGAGCUGUGCUAGUUUUGGUUCAGUUUGAGGUGUCACGUAGGAUUCAUAUGGCGGUCAUUUCCACAAAAACCGGUUGUUGACAAAAGAUCGUCGCGCAGCGCACAUUGGCUCCAGUGAUGGGCCAACGAUUCACAUAAUAUGUACAUUGUUAUUCAUUCAAAAUAUUUCUCCGUUUCUGAUUGCUAAAAGCACACGCAUAAUUCACCAUAACCAGCUACUGUUGACCAAAUUUGGAAGAAUUUUGCGAUUAAUCAACCGAUGACGUCAAAAGUGCAGCAAAUUUGGUCAUCAGUAGCUGGAUCUGGUGAAUUAUGCGUGUGCUUUAAGCCAAUCAGAAUCAGGAAAAUAUUUUGAAUGAAUAGUAAAAAGAAUUAUUCAGAUCUCGGAGGGUGUUAUCCACCUCGGUCUUCGGCCUCGUUGGAUAACAUCCCCCUCGAUCCGCAUAAUUCUUCUUAAGAUACUCGGCCUCAUUCAUUAACUGCUAAUUAAGCGACCUUUUUAUUUGUGUGCAACGGUGACUUGUUGAAUUAUUUUUGUACAGAGCUUAAUUGCCAAUCAUUGUUGCAAAAUAAAACGUAAUAACUACUUACGGCUAAUGGCAUGCCGUCACUGUGAAUAAAACAUGUCAAUGUUACAUGUGCCGCAGACAAUAAGCCAUUUGCACGAUGACGUCUUUUUACUACUAAGGGCAUGUUUACAUGGAGGUGGGGACCUUAGGUAGGUGAGGUAACCCGCCUGUCCACAUAAUCUGUCAUUUCAAUUUAAUCACGUUCACAUGAUAGGUGGGGUAACUUACCGCAUGAUGUUACCUCACCUACCUGAGGUCCCACACGUCCAUGUUAACAGGCCCUGUGACCAGAAUUCAUUUAGUUUUUUCUGUCAUGUUUAAAUUUCAUAAUUCCAGUGACGUCAGUAAAUGUAGUAGUAGUAGUAGUAGUAGCAGCAGCAGCAGUAGCAGUAGUAAAAUAACGCCAUCAUGCAAAUGAAACGUUUCACUUGCGGACACACUAACGUAUAAAAGUGGAGAUGCAAUCUUCUUUUAUUUUAACGGUCUUCAAAUAUAUAUUUGCUCAGUUGUUGGGUAUCUGCAUUCACCUAUUCUUUCUUACAUUUCACCUCUAGAUUCUCCUGCCGUUGAGAGAAUUGUUAUCUCGUCUAAUUCAGUUAAUGAGGGUCAGUCUUUUAAUAUGACUUGCGUGACAUCUGGCUACGCAGAGCCAAAUGUUUAUUGGAUCAAAGGGAACAAUGGUGCGCGCAUUAAUGGCAGCGUCCUGACCUUCACCAACAUCAACAGAAAUGAUUCUGGACAAUACAGAUGUGAGGCAAAGAAUGCCUGUGGGAGUAACAGUAGAGUUCAAUCAAUUGAAGUGUUCUGUAAGUAUGAAACUACCCCGUAG